ACCUAGGUAUGUGCCUUCACUAAGAAUCGAACCCGCAACCUUUUUGGUGUGUGGGACGACACUCCAACAGCCACCCGGCCAGGGUGGGAGGCCAAGUCUUAUGUGUGGCUGAGACCCAGAGUAAUUGGUUAGAGGACACAACCUAAGGUUUUGAUGGCUGGGGAUUUUCCUUCUAGGUCUCCUCCUCUCCUUCCCCAUCACCUGGGAGUAAAUCUAAUCUUUGGGUCUUUGAGAGUCCGAUCUGGGCCAUCACCGUCUCAUAUAGUACGCCUUUUUCAGGUCACUUGAAUUUCAUCUGUUGGCCAUCAUAAUAAACAUACCAAAGAAGGGUCCCCUUUAGAUCUAACGUCUUGUGCAUUCACACAGCAGCCCUGGGACCAAACUAGCCCCUCGGAGCCCCUCAGACCAGACGAGCUGGGGCUGAGCCAAGCCACUGGGGUCAUGGUCUCCUAACGUGGCCUGAUUGGACACAGUGCAGUGCAUAGGCACCUUGCUUUGUGCUCAAACCUGAGGAAAGGGGCUGGACCACACUGAUGAUGAGGGAGACACAGAUUUUUUAAUAAAAGAUUUGGUUAGUUUUAUCUUUCUGACCCCUGAUUUCCCUGUGAAUCAAACACAUAGUAAAGUUGGGAUGGAGUGGGGAUGACUGGCUGACCAAACAGAAGUAGGCAGACCCAAGCAGACUGUGGUCAAAGACAACCCUAAACAGCAGUCCUGGCCCUAAGACAUGAACUAGAACAUAGAGCUGGGGACAGACCUAGAGGACCAGGGGGACACGGCGUUAAUAGAAAGGACACAGGCGGCAAUCCAGACGCACCCGAGGCUGGGUCCCUGCUGACGUGGCAGCCCUCUGCCCUGGCCCCUUACUGCCCCCCGCCCCUCUCCCCCGCCUGCCAGCUGCCAACAGGGCUCUGCUCUGUGUCUGCCACACCUGUCACUGUCUGUCCUUGCCCAGGGGGGGGGCCCCAUCAGCCCCUCCUCAGCUGCCCAGCAGAGCAAGCAGUUAGUGGGGAGGGGAGGGAACAUGGAGCGGGGGCCGGUGGUGGGGGCAGGGCUGGGGGCCAGGGCCCGAAUCCGGGCAUUGCUGGGCUGCCUGGUGAAGGUGCUGCUCUGGGUGGCCUCUGCCUUGCUGUAUUUUGGAAGUGAACAGGCUGCCCGCCUCCUGGGCAGCCCCUGCUUACGGCGCCUGUACCAUGCCUGGUUGGCAGCAGUGGUCAUCUUUGGGCCCCUUCUUCAGUUCCAUGUCAACCCUCGGACUAUCUUCGCCAGCCACGGAAACUUCUUCAACAUAAAGUUUGUGAAUUCCGCAUGGGGCUGGACAUGCACCUUCCUGGGGGGCUUCGUGUUGCUGGUGGUGUUCCUGGCUACACGGCGUGUGGCAGUGACUGCCCGGCACCUGAGCCGGCUGGUCGUGGGGCGGGGGGCUGGCCGGGCCUUCCUGCUCAUCGAGGACCUGACCGGCUCCUGCUUCGAGCCUCUGCCCCAGGGGCUGCUGCUCCACGAGCUGCCUGACCGCCGCAGCUGCCUGGCAGCCGGCCACCAGUGGCGGGGCUACACGGUCUCCUCCCACACCUUCCUGCUCACCUUCUGCUGCCUGCUCAUGGCUGAGGAAGCGGCAGUGUUUGCCAAGUACCUGGCCCACGGGCUGCCCGCUGGUGCGCCCCUGCGCCUCGUCUUCCUGCUCAACGUGCUGUUACUGGGCCUCUGGAACUUCUUGCUGCUCUGUACUGUCAUCUAUUUCCACCAGUAUACUCACAAGGUGGUGGGCGCCGCAGUGGGCACCUUUGCCUGGUACCUCACCUACGGCAGCUGGUAUCAUCAGCCCUGGUCUCCAGGGAGCCCUGGUCAUGGGCUCUUCCCUCGCCCCCACUCCAGCCGCAAGCGUAACUGAAAGAAGUCAAGGCACGUCUGGCCUGGCUCUGGCCCCUCUCAUCAUUUGGUUGGGGGGACCUGGAAAGGGUGGGAAGGGCAAAAAGAGAGGCUGGAAAAUAAAAUAAAUAUUUGAAAUAAAUAAAUAAGAGGCUGGUGGUCACUGAGGUUCCUCAGCCAUUCCUUGCUGUUA